AUGUCCAACUUCGGCGGCAACGCCGGCCAGGACUGGGAGACCGUAAAUGUGGGCCGCUCGACCAAGCCUUUCAAGAAGCCGACGCAGGGCGACAAGAAGCAGAGCCUGACCUCGGCGCAGCGGAGCGGCGCCGCCGUGUCCCAGGCGCGCCAGUUCGCCACCGCGAAUAAAUCUGUGGGCGGCCACGGCCCGAUGGGCACCUCGGCUGGCGCCGGCGCGCGCAAGCUCGCCGAGGAGACCGAAACGUUCAAGGUCCAGAAGACGGGCCUCGCCUUCGGCAAGGCGUUGAUGCAAGCUAGAAUGGCCAAGAAGCCACGUCCCAGAAGGACCUCGGCACGAAGAUCAACGAAGCCCCAGGUCAUCCAGCAGUACGAGCAGGGCAAGGCCGUGCCCAACCCUGCGAUCAUCUCGAAACUCGAGCGCGCGCUCGGCGCGAAGCUGCCGCGGCCGCCGAAGGUGAAGAAGGUGAAGGAGUGAGCGACGCGCGUCUGUGUAACAACGUAUCUUAAGAGUAGACCAAGUUCCUUACGCGGCCCGGGGAUUCCUAGCUAGCCGAGGAGGACGGACCCGAAGCAUGCCAGACUCCUGUGGUCGAGUGCAUCGACGUCGGCGACGGCCUGGUAAGGAGACCACGAGCCGUCGUUGGCGCGCUCAAACGCCGCGCCGUCGUGGUAAAAGGCGACGAUGCGGCCAUUGUGGACGCAGGAGCAACGACGCCCGCCCGGCCUUGGCGGGCCUGGGAUCUCGGUCCACGUAUCGGAGUGAGGGUCAUACCUCACCGAAAAGCUCCCGUCGACACAAAAUAACUUCCCGUCAACAGCAAGCGCCGCAGCAAAUUCUUCACCGUCCGGUUUCGACGCCCCCACUCGCCAGGUCCUAGUGGGGAUGUCAUAAAUCUGCAAAAUAUUUGUCGAGGCCAUCUCCGGGCCUGCCUCGUAGCCUCCUAGAACGAAGAGCUGGUCGCCGAUGACGGCCGACACCGCGCACAUACAGGCGUGUGGCAUAGAAGGCAACGUCUCCCACAAUCCCGUUACUUCGUUGAACGCGUGGAGAGAACUAAGAUAGCCCCCGGUGUUGGCCACGUACCCGCCGGCGACGUAAAGCAGCCCGGAGCCGUGCCAAAGCAUGCAUUGCCCCUUUUGAUUUUGCGGGAGCGUUGCGAACCGACUCCAUCGGCAUGUAGAGGCAUCCAUAACUAAGAUUUCAUUACCAGUUUUUACAUUGGUGCAGAAAAAUAUCCGGGCGGCGCCGUCGGUCGUCGACUCAAUUAUAGACACUUUGUGUUCAAAAAAGGAUUCCGCGAACCCCCUUUUUUGCGCCGCGUGGAUCUCCAAACAUCCGUCUAUACUUUCGUCCUGGUUAAUUCUAAAACGACCUGAGAGGAGGAGGACGGCGCGUUCCGCGAAGCCAAACUCCCGGCGUAAGCGGAGAAAUCUCGGGCCACGUAUGAUCGCGCGAAAGGCGCCACAAGCAGCGGCCGCGGCGCCGUGGUCGUCGCGGGGAAUACCCACGAGGACGCGCUGCAGGAGGUCAUCUGGAAGGCCCAGUAGAGGCGAGCUAUUUGUGGUCGCCAUGCUUUUGCAAGUACGCCAGGUUAUAAUUAUGAGUCCCGCGUCGCCGGUCUACAAAUUUUAGACCCGCGCGACAAAGUUAGGAAUCGCGAGCUAGCGUCAUGUAAGAUACUAGGGAUGCCUAGCACGCGCGGCGGGGCUUUUUUGGAGGCUGCUGCAAGCUAAGGGCUCGUCCACGCACGGCCAGGAAUCACUCUAGCUCUCGCGACAACGCCUGCGCGCCAACGCGCCCCACCGCUGUGCCGCUUGGCUAGUAGUCCAUCCGACUCGCUGCGCCGCCGCGCCGCAGCGCUACCAAAAAAUGGCUAGCUACGCCGACCUCCACGCCGCCGUCCAGGCGGACCCGCGGAGCCUGCCCAAGAUCGCGGCGCUCCUCAAACUGAUCCGACGCAGAAGCUGCGCCAGUCCCAGGUCGUCCGCGACGCACGGAAGACGGCGCUGCAGGACCCCGACGGGCGGCCCGUGUUCUAGGCGACGACGUCUGGGCCGUCUACGAGCAGACCUUGGUGGCGGCGUUGGACGUCGACGACGCCGCUGCGAGACGCCUGCCAGCGCUCUACUGAAGAGGUUUGGGCGCGAACCCGCCGUCCCAGCGACUAGAACGGCUGGAGGGCCUCGUGGCCGAGGCGGCGGGCGACUGGGAGGCAGCGCUCCAAAGGUACAAGGGCGUCCUCGCGCAGAACCCGCGAACUCGACGGCUCUGAAACGCGAGGUCUGCGUCGUCGAGGCCAAGGGCGCCGGGCGCGAGGCCGUCAUCGCGGCACUCACGAAGCUGACGGCGACGUGCCAGAGCGACCGCGGCGCGUGGCAGGCCCUCGCCGAGGCCCACGCGGCGGCCUACCGCUUCUCGGACGCCAUUUUCUGCUACGAAGAACUCACAUUGUUCGACCCGACGGCGCAGCACUACAUGCGGAGAUUGGGAGAGCUCUACUACUCGUGGGCUGCGUCGACGACGGCGAAGCGCGAGCCUCACGCCUACAGAAAAGCGCGUCUACUUCGCGAAGAGCUUGGAGCUGCUCGGCCCGAAGCACAACCCGCGGGCCGCGACGGGCCUGCUGCUGACGUGCUCCGCCAUCAAGCUCGACGUCCGCGGGCGGAAAUCGGACCCCGACGACGAGCUUAACGCGGCGCUGGGUUCGCUCGCGGCCUCGAAGCUCAAGGCCGCCUACGCGAACGUGGACCCGUUCCUGCGGGAGUGCAACGAAAAGUUGCUGGCCGCGCACGCGCCGCCGUACGCGCGCCUGUUGCCGAAGAAGAACGAGGAGACGGUUUCGGCGACGACGGUGGCCGUCGAGAAGCUGGUUGUCGACGAUAUUGCUCAGGAGUAG